AUGUUUUCAGACGCUGAAAUUAUAAGGUCGUCUGCUUCAAACAUUUUACGACUUCACUGGAACGUGGCGGAAACUAAUCGGAGUUUUGCCGAUGUAAAAAAGAACUCGUCAGUCCUUCUCACAGCAGACAAUAUUCGGAAGAAUGUCGACCCAGUUUUCCUUGAACCGGAAGUAACGGAAGACUUUCCAACCACGACUGGUGACGAACCGCGAAUUCCACAUAUAAUUCACCAGACAUAUAAAUCCGAAAGUAUACCGCAGGUAUACAUUCCUCUCAUUCAAUCCUUUAUACAGCAUAACAGGAACUGGACCUACUUUUUCUGGACGGAUUCAUCCGCACGGAAACUUAUAUCAGAACGAUUCCCAAAUUUCCUGCACACUUGGGAUAACUACAAGAAGGGAGUUUAUCGCGCAGAUGCUUUGCGGUAUUUCGUACUUCAUGAGUUUGGCGGAAUAUACGUCGAUUUGGACUUUCAGUGUUUGCGACCCCUUGAUCGCGUCACAUAUAAAUAUUCGGCAAUAUUCCCAUCAGAACCCCUUGAACACUCGGUGUUUCUUUAUAAAAUGCCACUGUUUGUAAACAACGCUAUUAUGAUGUCGCGCCCCAAGCAUCCGUUUUUGAAAUAUUUGAUGGAUCGUUUAAGUUGGAGUAGAAAUAACAGGAAUUUGCUAGAAGUCGCUGGCCCAGCUUUUGUCCACAGGCAAUUCUUUAACUACAACGGGAUACGUCAAGUAACGGUUGAUGCAAAUGGAGAUAAAAACUCCACAGUUCCCUACUCCGCACCAAAACACAUGAAAUUUCCACCAGACCAUGCAGAUGGAAUUUACGUACCAAACACGCACUACUUCAUGAACACUCUUGCUGCCAACUUUCCCGUAGAAAAUGCUCGGAACACAUGUCGAAAUAAAGUUUUUUUGGAUAACAUGGAGCAAUGCUAUGGAAAUGGACAACGCCGUCGUUGUAAACCAAUGAAAAUAAGCAUGGCUCAAACACAUUCCAACAUAAAACGUGCAUGUAAUGAGCUUGCGCGUCGCGACAUCCGGUCACAAGAGGACCACUUCCGAUUCACGUAUACAGUUCACCACUGGUUCUCAUCUUACGCUAAUUCAAGAAUCGUUUUCCAGAACAAUUCUGAUAUUCGCGAUAUAGUUCCCGAAGUCCGUAUAUUCUAA